UUCUUGUUUUCAUGUCAGUUUUGUGUUGUGCGUAGUUGUGGUUCCGUUUCUGAUGGCUUAAUUAAUUUUAUUAUUAUUUUAUUUUUAUAUUCCGGUUAAAUAUUUCGGUUUGAGCUUGACCCAAGAUGGCAUUGCUACCCCCUGACCCAGUUUAUACAAUCCGAAAUGUCGAUAACGUGCCGGUUUACUCUUUGGCGUUUAACUUUCUACCCGGCGGUCUCGAGAGGUUACUAGCCGGUUCAAAGAAUGGAUAUGUUUAUGCAUACAACCUUCAGACAAAUCGAGUUCAGCAAAAAAUCCAAGUCGGUCAAGCUCCCAUUCUUCAUCUUUUACACACUGACGAUCAGUUAAUUACCCAGGAAAAGGGUGGAAAAUAUAAAAUUUUUAAUUUAACAAACACUGGUUAUAAAGUAGCAUACAAUAUUGACAUUGACUAUCCUGGUUUUUGUCGUUUUGAAGCCAACACAAAACUCAAAGUGCUAUAUGUACCUGAUAUGGAAUCCAAAAUAAACAUCUAUAAUUUUUCUGGUGAAAAGAUUGGAUAUUUGAAGCCAGAAACACAAGAGCCAAAGCUUGGAGAUCCAAUGUGCAUGAAGUAUAUAGAAUUAGCCUCUGAUAAAGCUCACCUACUAGUGGGUUAUGAAGCUGGAUGGCUUCUUCUGUGGGAUCUCAACACUAGUCAGUGCAUUGGUAAACUUCAAACAAAAGAAUGUCCGAUGUCAGUGGAUUUCUAUAUGGAACAACAAAGGGGCAUAAUCGGAAAUGCCUCUGAUGUGAUACAAGUAUUUAGCAUAGGAAGAAAAGACUUAAGCUUGGCCCACGGUACAGACAUAACAAUAAAAAAUCCCGGAAUUAAUAAAGUACAGUCCCGUUUGGAUGGAAAAGUUUUUGUUUCUGGUGGCUGGGAUGGCCAUAUUAGAAUCUUUUCUUGGUUUUCUCUUCGGCAACUUGUUGUGCUCACUGAACAUAAGCGAGCCAUACAGGAUGUUGCAUUCUCCAAUCAAAAAGUAUCAAUGUGGAAUGCAAACAUAAUGGCAGCUGGAGGACUUGAUGGAGUUAUAACCCUCUGGGAUUUAUACAACAAUAAAAAUAAUAAGUAAUAAACGCAGCUUCAGCUUUAAAACAUUUCUCUAAUUAGAAUUGUAGCAACUGACGAACCAAGUUGAAUGAUUGAUAAUAUAAAAUAAUUGUUCUGUUUUCAUAGCUUCACUACAACCUAGCUGCCUGCAUUGUUAUUUUACUAUGUCAAUCAUCAAAUUGAGAUUUAUAAUUAUUCAGCUGCAUAUAAUCUCCCGCAUUAUUUUCAUUUUUAAUUUUAUUAAAAUGUGUUGAUUUAAAAACCUCAUUUGAAUAUUACUCCUUUAUAACAUUUGUAUUGAAUUGGAUCUCAUUUAUAAUUAUUAUUGCAGAUAAAAUUAAUAAAAAAAUUAAGUACAAUAAUUUGAAUUUGACAUUGUGGCCAAGCUGGUAGAUUAAGUUUAAUCUUGUUACAAUAAACCACAAAUACUGAUGCCUAUUUUCUGGAAUUUUAUUGAGUACUGUUUCCAUUUUAAUUAUUAAAGGUAUUUGAUGAACUUAAAA